AUGAUAUUCGGCUGGAUUUUGCCGCUCCUCCUUUUCCACGAUGUGUAUUCCGAAACUUCUGAGGUGUUCAUCGCCGAAACCAACGAGUCGUUGCCAUUGAACGUACAGAAUCUGCAUUAUUAUCGCGUCAUAGAGGAAAAAGAUGUCUGGCUGUGGGUGUUUUGGUCGAUUUUUUGAGUGUCAGUCUGUCGGGAAAAUAAUGUGGAUUUGUCGCUGAAGUGAAAAGCAAUUUGAUUUUGCCGCGACACAAUUCUUUUUUUUUGGCGGCAAUGCGAUUUUUGAUGCGACAAAUCCACAUUAUUUUCCCGACAGACUGACAUGAAAAUAAAUGAAAAUAAUAUAAAUAAUGCCAACAGUCUUUCUCUACAGGAUGACGCAUCUAAUCCAGCCGGAAAUCAGAUUUUAUGCAGCCCUAAACACCACAUAUCGCGCGAUUUUAUUUAUUGAAAAACCUGCAAAUGGCACUUGUGAUCCAUUCAAGUAAGUGGCUGAAAAUUUUGUUACAAUAAAAUUAUCAACAAUCUCUUGUCAUCGCCAUGACUUUUUAGCCUGGCUAAACGGGUCUCCAUACGUUUUGGAGACUGUUUUCGACACUAUAUACUUGGCUGCAAACAAUAUGCAAGUGAGUUUUUUUUGAGGUUUUCAACGUUUGAAAUGUGAUUUUAGCCUACAAGACGGACAACGGAACUGCUCAAAAUUUUACUAUGCACCAAUUCCUUGAGGGCAGCGAGUUUUCGAAUCCCAUCACCGACAUUGACUUUUACGAUUUUCGGGAAUGCGGGAUUAACCGGACAACACGAAUCGUCUUCGUUCAGGUGCUCAGUUCGGCAUUGCCGAAGGGGUAUAAUUUGGGGGUGGUAAGUGAAUUUCUAUACAUGGCCUAAUAAGGUACAGUGACGGACCUGAUCCAGUGGUAAAAACGUAUCAUUUUGCAUCCGGGAAGCAUCAAAAAUGUGGCAAAAUACCUCUCUCUGCGCGCCCUUUCUCUCAAAAAAAGAGCAAAGCUUUUGAAAUCGGAGUUUUUUUCACUUGGAUAGGGAAGCAUUUUGCCACAUUUUUCAUACUUUCCGGGUGCAAAAUGGUACGUUUUUGGCCAAUGGAUCAGGUCCGCCAUUGUAAAUAUCCCAAGUUCGACGCUCAGAUUUUUUGGGAAUAGCCCACAUAUAAAGUCCUGAAAAUUUCAGCUUGCGAUUUGCUGGGACAGCCGAGAUAUUGAACGACCUUUGCGGCCGAGAGAGUAUUUAAAAUGCACAGACCGGUCAGCGAAGAAUACUUUUACAGUGUCGGGCCCGAUCCAAUUGCAAAAAACGUAUCAUUUUGCAUUCGGGAAGUACCAAAAAUGUGGCAAAAUACCUCCCUCUCCAACUAAAAAAACUCCGUUUCGAACGUUUUUGGCUUGCGCUUUGCAGGGACAGCCGAGAUAUUGAACGACCUUUGCGGCAGAGAGAGUGUGUGAAAUGUGGAGAGCGGGCAGACAGAGAGUUAUACGUUGUAGUUAGGGGCGUAUUGAUCUAAAAUCCGGGGCGAGAAGAUCGUCCGGGGAGGGAGGGUUCUAUUUCGUGGGUCAGAGGUACCCGUAAAAUUUUUUUUGCGGCACCAGUGAAAAUUAUCUUGGUUCCCCUUACCAACUUUUUUCCAACCCCAAAUUCUGGGGUCUAAAAAUGAGAAAUGCCUCCGCCAGGCAUUGUUUCCUAAUUUUUUUGGCUUCGAUUCGAGAUAUUCAACGAUCUCUGCUCUGAGAGAGUGGGAAAAAUUCGGAGAGCGGUCAGACAAAAAAACAUUUUUUGGCGAUAUCUUUGCCAGUUUCGUGUAGAAAAAGUUGAUUUUUUGUGGGAACAUUACCCUCUACGGUUGAAAUAACCAUGAAACUUGUCAUGCCAAAAUUUUCAAAAAAAUCUUCCAUUUUUUCCAUUAUUUUUUUUCGAACUUCGACCUAAGAAUCUCGGUUUUUUCUGCAAAGCGCAAGCUAGAAAUCCCUCAUGUGUCUAAAAAAUAAUCUAAAUUUGUGCCAAGUUUCAUCAAAAUCUGAGCGUCGCACUUGGGGUACUUCCCCUGAAACACUUAUUUUUCGAUUUUCAGUAUGGUCAUUACAUUUCCGGAGUAGAAGAAUCCGACUCAUCGCUUGCCCUCUUCAUUGUGUAAGUUUUUGAGCAAAAAAUUUUCUAAUUUUCUGUUUUAUUUUGAUCAAUUUUUUUUAUUUUCAGAUCCUGGUCAGUUUCCUAUCUCCCUUUUUUCAUCGAUUACCACCAAAUUUUAGCCUCCUGGCCAUUGGAAUUGUCCUGAUUCUGCCGCUAACGACCAUUAUUUACAUCAUUGUCCAGCUGAGGAAUGACUCAGUUUGGAGGCCAGCUUGUAUGACCGAAUUUUUUGUUAUCAGAAAAAGAAAGGCCAAGAAGACAACGAAGGACAACAAACUGCCUCCUAAAACAUCGACCAGCACUUCGAAUGUCAAGAAAAACGAAAAAAACGAUCCGAAAAUGGGGGUCAAGACUGGGAAAUGA